AUGGAGGACAGGUUCCGCAUGUUGCAGGCCUCCAUUCAAGACGCCUUGGACGAUUUGUCGUCGCCGCGCAGCUCAAACGAAAGUCGGCUUGAUGCGUUGCGGACACUGGAGCGGCUCUUGGCAACAUCGUUCGUCCCGGAGAGGUCGACGGAGGAUACGGAGUACUUCCUGGCCCUGCAGUAUACCUUCGAGUGCAACGUUGCUUCGCGGAUUCUGAGCUGGACGGUGGGCAACAUAUCCAAGAUUGAUGCUUUGACGACCAGAGGUGUCCCCGAAGAGAACGAAUUGGAAGUGGCGCUUCUGACCACGCAGUUGCAACUGGCGAUGUCGAUAUUGCAAGGUGUAUGCUUGACUCAUCCGGCGUCAAAGUUCUAUCUCGGACGCAAGUACUCGUUGGAGGUUCUGUUAGACCUUUUCCUCGCCUCUCGCCAUCUCGCCUCUGCCCCCUCAUCGUCCCGCUCUCCUGUCAAGCCAAGCGCAGCCCCACCGCCCCUUGCAUCGGUCAUUCUCGACACUCUCCUCUGCAUUCUUGUCGACUCCUCUCCCGCUCUGCGCGUAUUUGAAUCCUGCGAGGGCCCCCAGGCUGUCGUCAAAAUUCUGAAGCGGGCAGCCACUCCGAGCGAGGUCCGCAUGAAGUGUGUCGAGUUCCUGUAUUUUUAUUUGUUGGACGAAACAACUCCGUCGAGACCUACCGCCACUCCCAAUCCCGCAACGCCAAAGCCUCAGGCGGUGGUAACUGCGCCAUCCACGCCUGCCGCUUCAAAUCCUCUGAACAAAAAGCCCUUUAUAAAUGCCACACCUGCACGCCCGUUAUCGCUUUACGGCUCGUCGACAUAUUCGUUGACUUCGAGCGCAUUUGCUUCCUCUGACGACUCGAACGAACCUUCUUCGUCAUCCGCGUCAUCCUCACGCUCGACUUCGGGGAGCUCGGCGAGCUCGUUUUCGUCCACAUCGUCCAACGCUGGGUCGACUUCGCCCAAGAAACAUACGCAGAUGCUGCCUGGCUUGGGCACCCCUCGCCACCCCUCGUCUCGCCCGCUGUUGAUGCUGAGAAAAGACCUCGAUUUUGUGCCGUUGAGUCCGAAGAAAGCACCGGGAGAGAGCCCGAGGAAUAUAGCAACACCCAUGAGACGGACACAUACCCGGACGCGGUCACGCCUUGCGUCGACUUCGUCUACAUCCUCAGAAGAAGGCACUGCUGGAGCGCCAAUUGAGGACCGCAGUCGGACAUCGAGUGCGAGUUCGGGCGCGGAGACUAUUCGUGAGGAUGAUGGGAGCAGGGCGAAGACGACAGAGGAGAAGAAGCGGCUGCUGUCGACGAUGCUGGGGAAUGUGGAGGCGCUGGUGGAGGGCGUGAGGAAAGCGGGGAUUUGGGGGCUUGGGUGA